GCUGAGAGAGGCUCAGCUGCUGCGCGAGACCACUGCCGCAUUCGGCUCGUGCCUCCGGAAAAACUACCGGUCCGACCGGACCGCAGCGGGGAAACUGCCGUCCUUCAGGUAAGGAAGAUCCUGCCUUCCCUCCUUCCUGGCCCACACGUCUUCUCUCCGUUCUGCCUCUCUCUGUGAUGCCGGGCUGUGGCUGACUGUAUGCCUGUGACCAGACUGAAGCUGGGGAAGCUAAAGGUGGUGCGGCGGCAGCUGCUGCAAAGGUAUGAACACCAGCCGUUUGUCUCCUGCCUGGCCGGCCUCUACGGCUGCCAAUGGAGGCGAUACCAGAGAGCCCGGGCCCAGCCGGGAGAGUGCUGCUGCAGCAAGGUGGAGUGUGGCAGUUUUGGCCUCCUGAUCCUCACCUUUUUCCUCAGUUUUGUGUUCCUCUACUUCUGGAGUGAAGCCCAGAACGACUACAAUGACUUCGAUUGGUUUAACUUUGGGAAUCUUGGGUUCUGGUUCCCCUGGUCGCUGGUCCUGCUCGUCAUCGCUGCAGCUCUCUUCACAUACAUCGCCCUGCUACUGGUGCUGGCGGUGUGUCUGCUUUCUGAGGGUCAGAGGUUGUACCUUCACUGGAGCCACAAGUCCGGCAUCGUGGUGACGUUGGUGUUCUCCGUCACAGCCACCGCCAUCCUCUCUGACCUCUGGAGUAAAGAAUGGCAGACCCUCCUCCUCUCCCUGCAGGUCACGGCACCUUACCUGCACGUGGCUGCAGUGUCGCUGAUGGCGGUUCUUUCCUGGCCAAUAGCGUUGCAUUUCUUCCGCAUGAACAAGAAAAUCCGUCAGGUGGCUGUGCUGGCCCUCUUCCUGUCUGUGCUGUUCUCUCUGUACCUGGUUCCUCUGGGAAUGUACUCGCCCUGCAUCAAAGAGGCAGGAACUCUGGGACCUGCCCCCACUCUCAUUGGGCACAGAGGAGCUCCAAUGCUCGCUCCAGAGAACACUGUGAUGUCUUUUGAGAAGGCAGUGGAAGCUGGAGGAGAAGGACUGGAGACUGACGUCACCGUCAGUUUUGAUGGUGUUCCGUUCCUGAUGCACGACUCCACCCUGAAGAGGACCACCAACGUCGCUGAGGUUUUCCCAAACAGGACAGACUUCGACGCCUCCAUGUUCACCUGGGCCGAGCUACAGCAGCUGAACGCUGGCGAUUGGUUCUUAUCGAGGGAUCCAUUUGGUACUGUGUCCUCCCUCUCUGCGGUGGACCGCUCCCAGGCCCAGAACCAGUCCAUCCCCUCACUGGCCCAGUUCCUGGAGGUGGCGGCUCGAAGCGGCAGACUCGUGCUCUUUGACCUGCGCAGGCCACCGCAUGGACACCCGUACAGCCGGUCAUACAUCAACACCACUCUGCAGGUGGUCCAGACCCACAUCAACUCCUCACAGGUGCUGUGGCUGCCGUCUGAAGGCAGGGAUCUGGUCCAAGCUGUGGAUCCAGACCUGCAGCAGACCUCUGGAGAAAAGGCUUCCACCCAGGAGCUGACAGACGGACACAUCACCAGACUGAACCUGCACUACAGCAGCAUGUCUCAGCAGCAGAUCCGGAAGUACCGCUCAGUGAACAUCAGCACCAACCUGUAUGUGAUCAGUCAGCCGUGGCUCUACACGCUGGCCUGGUGUGCCGGAGCCCAGUCUGUGACCACCAACUCCAUCCACAUCCUGUCCAACAUCAACCAGCCACUGUUCCUGAUGACCCCAGAGGAGUACAGUCUGAUGUGGAUCCUUACUGACGUGGUGUCAGCCGUGCUCAUCACUGCAAUCUUCAUAUUCCACUGGUGGAGAGAGCGAGGCCUGCCCUUCUGGUCCGGCAGCCGUCAGACUCACGAGAAUGGACCGUACAGCAAGUUCAGGACAGAGCUGAGCGACGUGUGGUCCAUCUCCAGCGUCACCGUCCGGCCGGAUUUACGGAGCAUGCCGAAUUCACCCAGCACCCCUCACCUCCCCACCAUCACAGAGGAGUGAGGGGGAGGGAGGAGGGGAUAAGGACCAAAGGGGUGGAAACUUGUUCAGAGUGUGAUGAAGCCCCAUCAAACUUUCUGAUCUUAAGCUUUUGUUAUUUCAUUCAUUGCUGCUUAUAAUAGUCAGUCUAUUAUUUAGCAUCAGUUUAACGCCCACAAACUCGAUGUGGCUCGAUGGGACUGACAGCCAACGCAGCCUCUGUCACCACAUUUAAUCCAAAACUGUGAGCGGUGCAGAGGUUUCUGACACAGGUGAACAACAGCUGGAAAUAAAAAUCCUUCAUUUACCAUCAGAGACGGAGCAGAGAGAGCGUGGACACGAGCCCCGGCGGUCUCCAUGCUGUAAUCUCACGAUGCCACUGAGCUCCUCAGUGUGAGGACAUUAAACGGAGCAGAGGAGGGCGUUUCCAUCUCUGCUCACUCAGCAGCAGCUCAGCGAUGGAGAAACUGAGCUCCACCAAUGAAAGAAGAAAAGAAUGAAUAUCUGCAGCUGCAGUGAUUCAUCGGCUUCGUGUUCUUGCUUCUGCUGAUGGAGGAGGAGAAUCUCUGAAACACUGAGGACUCUUACAUAUAAGCUUCCUCAUUUUCAGCUGUACAGACAUCAGGUGCAUCAGACUAAACCUUAAACCAUGUCUUAAAUGAUCAUUUGUGAUUCGGUGUGUGAGCUGAUUGACUGACAGAAUGAAUGUAAAGGCUCAGGAAGGCACUGUUAGUGUUAAUCGGUGGGGCUGUAGAUCCAGCAGGCCAGGAGACGAUGACCACCCCAUCGAGAGAGGAGGAGCUUAAUCUGUGGUAAUAUAGCAUCAUUAGUGGGUAGGUUUAUUUUUUAUAUUAAUAAUAAACCUGCAGAAUAAAGAAUAACUAAACCUUUAAGGUAAAUGUAGAGGUGCGUGCUGCAGGUGUUGCUGUUAGAGAGCGUGACAAACGUGACAGCAGUGACACACUGAGCAUUCAGCCUGUCUGCAUCCACGUUUCAUCCUGUUAGCUCAAACACAGCUGGGCGGUUCCAGGUGUGAGGAUCACCUUCCUUCAUGUUGCUGAGCAGCUGAUUAGACGCUCAGUGACUUUGAACCUCUGAAGGUUCACAGCGUCACUCAUGGCACCUCUUCUUUGUAGCGUGUGUGUGUGUGUGUGUGUGUGUGUGUGUGUGUGUUAAAGGCAGAUUACAGUUUAUGGAUUUGUGAGUCCAAGUGAUGAUUUUCUCAUCACAUGUGAAGCAUGAAGCUCCAUACGGACAUCUGCAAGGACAGCUGUGCAUCCGUGACCAGCCUUAAUCCUACCAGGAACGUUAGAGCAGGAACAUCGAUAUCAGAGGUUUCACUGACUUGAUGCUGAACUCUGAUCAAAAAGUGCUCCUUUAGUUAGUUUUUUUUUUUUUUGGAGGAGUGAACCCUGACCCCGUGUCUCUUCGGUAAAUCUUCACAGAAGUUUUUUGACACUUUUUUCUUCUGUGCCAAACGUCCUGGCCCUGAAUCUCAGAUUUUUAAUGAAUUCUAAGACUUGAAUGAAUCUUUGGAAAUGUUUUAAUUUCUGAUUUUGUUGGAAACUGGGCUGAAGGAGACUUGAGGCCUUUGUUUGUGUCCUUUGCCACACUUCAGUCCCACGCUGGGGCCCACACUGUCCUGGCUUUGGUCCAGUUAGGGUCCAAGUCUGCAGUCAGAAGGUGACACAAGACCUCCGAAUGAUGAAUUCAUCUUGAAAUAAAAGAAUCACAUCUGACUGUAAACAUGCUGUGCCGUGAUAUGAAUGUGUGCUUUGACAGUGUGUCACUGGCUUAGCUUCAGUUAUGAAUCCCUGUAGCAGCACCUCCAUAUUUAUUCCUUUAAAUAUGAUGAUUUCCACCAUAAGACUUCACGUGUAGCUCCGGAUUUUCUUUGGAGGUCGAUUCUUCUCCGAUGUGUUGGAUUUCACUUUUACUUUAUAUACAUUUUUUUUCUUAAGUUGUUUUAGUUGAAAAGCAUCCAGAAGAACAGGUGGCACAGCAGAGGCUGAAAGCAGCAUUAAUAAAUCUGUACAGCAUAUUUAUCAACAUGUUAACUAAAAUCUACUCAAAAUCAUCAAAUGCAGUUUGUGACCAAAGAAAGCUGCUAGAGUACCUUUGUGUGAGUCAGACCUGAAAAUGCAGUUCAUCCUCCUCUAGCUGGGCACACAGCGCCACCUGCAGGCAGGUUGUCAUGCUUUUUAAGGCUCCACUGAGACUUCAGGCCAAGCUGGGGGGGUUAAUCAGUUUGAAACGAGCUCCUUUCCGCCCUUUAAGCAUACUUUCCUCUGAUUGGCUUCCCCUCUGCAGGUGAGUGGGGCUAUGCGCUGACAUCAUGCUGAACCACAGCUAGGAAAAAAAGAAUUGCCUGAAACCAUUAAAAAAUGGAUGUAGUUUGCCACUGCAGAAGUGCCUCAAAACUGCAUUCUUUUUAAAGGCCAGCAGGGGGCGAUACCUGUGGUUUCCAUAGAAGUGUGUGAAAAUGGCGCCCUUUCUCUGUGAACACGUUCCUGAUGGCUUCUUGUUUCAGGUCAUAUUGAAUACACAGGGUUAAUUAUUAGUAAAUGGAUUAUUAAAGUUGAGGGUGAACUCACUGGCUGUUGAUCACAGGUUGAGUGUUUUUGCAGAUUCUUGCUGUUUUACAUCGUUCUCACAUGCAGGCUGUCUGCAUGAUAGUCAGUAAAGAUGCUGCAAGCAGACUUAAAUUUGUGUGUUCAAACUUUAUUACAUAAAGCUUAUCACUGGUUAAUAUGAGCCACAUUUCAUCCAGACUCAUGAGCAGAAUUAUCGUGCAUGGUUAAGUUUCUCUGCAAAGCUACAAACAAAGGCGUUGAUGUUUUUUUCUAACUUGGUCGUAAUCAGUAGCAUCUCUGCUUUGCUGUCCUCAUCCCUGCAGGAGUGUUCUUAAACCAGGCAUUUGUUAGGUGUUGGUUACCUUUUCAGGCAGAGCUGUCCUGAUCCUGGAGUGCUGCACGCUGAGGUCCUGCUCGUUAGCUGCUCGUUAGCUGUGACUCAUCUUUGAAGAUGUCGUAUAUGUGAGGAAGUCCACAUUUAAAAAACGUGCAGGCAGAGCGGAGACUAAACCUGUCAAACCAGAAAAUCACUGAAACGAGGAGCGCAUCAAAUACGUAUCGCUUCCUGUUGAUUCUGAAUAAGCUUCAUACUGAGAUCUGUGCUAUAAUGUAAUAAUAUAAAGCUAGUAUUAUAGUGAAGCUGCUAUUUUUUCACACAGUGAAAUAUCAUUUUUUUACAUCUUGUGCUGUGCUGACAUUUUAUUUUAUGAAGGAUUUUUUGUUUACUGUAACUUUCCUGAUUAAACGCUAUCAUCUGCAAUUAAAA